AUGGUGAAUUUCCCACAUAUUAGCAACAGAAUCCUGCUUAGUUCUUUAUUGCAAACCUCUUUUCCUGGACAGGAGAAUCGAGUUCAAAAUAAGAUCUCGGCCUCUGAGCUCAAGGCUUUGGAAAUACCUUUCCACUCUAGCAUUAAAACUCAAGAUCUCAACACAGAGGAGAAAUCACCCAGGAAGCACAAGGUGCCUCUGACAGCGGCAGAGGCUCUAAAGCUUUUUAAGAAUCAGCUGUCUCCUUAUGAGCAAAGUGAAAUUCUGGGCUACAGGGAGCUGUGGUUCCUGGGGCUUAAAGCCGAGAAGCUCAACGUGGUUCCUGAAAAGUUCAGCCUGACAAGCUUUGAUGAUGAGCACGGCUCCUACAUGAAGGUUCUGCACGACCAUAUUGCCUACCGCUACGAGGUUCUGGAAAUGAUUGGCAAAGGGUCCUUUGGACAGGUGGCCAAGUGCUUGGAUCACAAAAACAAUGAGUUGGUGGCCCUGAAGAUCAUCAGGAACAAGAAGAGGUUUCACCACCAGGCCCUGGUGGAGCUGAAGAUCCUGGAAGCUCUCAGGAAGAAGGACAAAGACAACACUUACAACGUGGUGCACAUGAAGGACUUUUUCUACUUUCGCAACCACCUCUGCAUUACCUUUGAACUCCUGGGCAUCAACCUGUACGAGUUGAUGAAGAACAAUCGCUUCCAAGGCUUCAGUCUGUCGAUCAUUCGGCGCUUCACCCUCUCUGUCUUGCAGUGCUUGCAGAUGCUUUACAUAGAGAAAAUCAUUCACUGUGAUCUCAAGCCCGAAAAUAUAGUACUGUACAAAAAGGGCCAAGUCUCGGUGAAAGUCAUUGACUUUGGAUCGAGCUGUUAUGAACAUCAGAAAGUGUACACCUACAUCCAAAGCCGGUUCUACCGAUCACCAGAAGUGAUCUUGGGCCAUCCCUACAGCAUGGCCAUUGAUAUGUGGAGUCUGGGCUGCAUCAUGGCGGAGCUGUACACGGGCAACCCUCUGUUCCCUGGGGAGAAUGAAGUGGAACAGCUGGCCUGCAUUAUGGAGGUUCUGGGCCUGCCACCAGUCCACUUCAUUCAGAUGGCCUCCAGGAGACAGACGUUCUUUGAUUCCAAAGGUUUUCCUAAAAAUAUAACCAACAACAGGGGGAAAAAAAGAUACCCAGAUUCCAAGGAUCUCACGAUGGUGCUGAAAACCUACGACGCGAGCUUCCUGGACUUUCUCAGAAGGUGUUUGGUAUGGGAACCUUCCCUUCGAAUGACCCCUGAGCAGGCUCUCAAGCAUGCUUGGAUUCAUGAGUCACGGAACCUCAAGCCACGGCCCAGAGCCCAGACCCUUAGGAAUUCCAGUUUCUGUUUCCCCUCUGAGUCAAGGAAGGACAAGGUGCAAGGCUAUCAUCACUCGAGCAAAAAAGAUGACGUCACCAGGGAGACUGCAAACAAAAUAAAAGAUGGGCCCAAGAAGCGUGUUCAGAAUUUAGGUCAGCAGGACUCUCUCCAGCACUCAGCGGACACGGCCCAACUGCCUCAGCUAGCAGAAGCUCCCGGAAAGUCAGAGGCUGUUGUCGGGGCCGAGGUGUCCAUGACCUCCACAGGACAAAGCAAAAACGCCUCCCUCAAGAACACAAACAUUUUACCGCCUGUUCUAUGACCUUUGCUGAGGGUGCAUCCUGUUUCUCUCCAUCAGUGAUUUGUAUUAGAGACAGCGCUUAUAUUGUACAAAACUUCAAUUGUUUUUUUUAAUACAUAAAAGUUUGUUUAAAA